AUGCCAAAGCGUGGACGCGGUGGUUCUUCAGGAGGAAAGUUCCGCAUAUCACUCGCUUUACCAGUGGGUGCUGUGAUCAACUGCGCAGAUAAUAGCGGCGCCAAAAAUCUUUAUAUGAUAGCGGCUUUUGGUGUCCGGGGUCGCCUCAACCGAUUGCCAGCAGCGGCAACUGGUGAUCUUGUCGUUUGCUCAGUGAAGAAAGGAAAGCCCGAGCUGAGGAAGAAAGUUCUGUAUGCGGUGAUCGUGCGGCAGCGCAAGGCCUAUCGGCGGAAAAAUGGCACUUUCAUUUAUUUCGAGGACAAUGCCGGUGUGAUUGUUAACAAUAAAGGUGAACUAAAGGGUUCCGCCAUAACCGGCCCUGUUGCAAAGGAGUGUGCGGAUCUCUGGCCAAAGAUUGCAUCCACGGCUAGUUCCAUUCACUAA